AGAAGAAAGAUAAAGAUCGAAUAUAUCCAUGAUAAAUCAAGAAGACACAUUACAUUUUCGAAAAGAAAGGCUGGAAUCAUGAAAAAGGCAUAUGAGCUUAGCACACUGACAGGUACUCAGAUACUACUGCUAGUUGUAUCUGAGACAGGGCUUGUUUAUACCUUUACUACACCCAAACUACAGCCACUUGUUACAAAACCUGAAGGAAAAAAUCUUAUUCAAUCAUGUUUAAAUGCACCU